ACAGCACUUCAGUGCAUCUAAAACCUCAGACAUGGAUGACCCUCCACAAAAUGGCUCCAUGCACACAUUAACAUCCACCGCAACCCGACGACGGUGACCUCCAAGGAUAAUCGAAUUGGGUAUUACACGUUUUUAUUGGAUAGUAUUUUAUAUCUGCGCCUUGUUCAGGAUUUGGAAAACAGUUUUUCGAAUCCACAAUAAAGAAUGAUGGAAAAACUGAAAUCCGAGAAAUUUCCGCUCAGUCCGAGCAUGGAUGCCUUGGAAUCGCCCCCGCGCGACACCAACUCGACUUCCUCCUCAGGUUUGGCAUCUGUGGAGGAGGGAGAUGCAUGCGGGAAACAGGAAGGCACGAAGCCCACGCAGAUAGGACAGCAUCACCUCCCCGAGGAGCGCUGUAACGGGACUCUCAUCCUUAAUGGCGUUACCAAAGAAACGCCUUAUCAUGCCACAGAGCUAAAAAAGGAAGUGCCGGUGAUCGAGCUGUCCAGGAGAGGAGGGACCGUGGAUAUAAAAGGCAGAGAGCUCAAGGCUGACGGCAGCCAUAAGGUGCAGACCACAGAGCUGUGCAGACCACCUAUUCCUCUGACACUGCCUCCCAGGGACCCGCUGAGCGAAACUCGAAUGGUGCAGUUGAGCCCGCCCGCUUUCCCUCUCCCGGCCCGAGCGAUGCUCUACAGCAACAUGGCGCAACCGCUCGCCGCUAUUAACAGUGGUUUUGCUGGAGAAGCGGAUCAGUAUGGCAUGUAUCCCAGCAGUCGAGUGAAACGCAGACCUGUGCCGUAUGAGGUCGAAAUCAGCGACGGGUCGCAGCCCAAAAUUGUGCGACGGAUUUUCACGAAUAGCCGCGAACGUUGGCGGCAGCAGAAUGUGAACGGCGCCUUCGCAGAGCUCCGCAAACUCAUCCCCACCCACCCGCCCGACAAGAAGCUAAGCAAGAACGAGAUCCUACGGCUAGCCAUGAAGUACAUCAACUUCCUGGCCAAGCUCCUCAACGACCAAGACGACAUGGUGGAUGGCGAGGCACCCACUCGGACCACCCGAGAUGGGCAAGAUGCGACCCUGGUGCGAGACAACCUCCUUCAGGAGAUGUUAAGCCCCAACUCUAGCUGUGGAAGCCUGCUGGACGGAGACGCCAGUCCGGAGAGCUUUACCGAAGACCAAGACUCAUCAGUGGAAUCCAGACCUUCAGCAAGGGGACUACAUAACUCCAGCCACCCCCUGGACGGAAACGCCCAACGAUGACUGAGUUAGCAUUGAUGGAGAAUCAAUGGACAGAACUUUGGAGUAAAAGCCCAGAAUUGAGAGGGUGGAGUGCUCCAUGGACCUAACAUAUUUUAUUUUCAUGUUGUGUGCAAGCAUAUUCUUACUUAUGACUUUCUGUUAAGCUGUUCUCUUCAUGCUUUUGACACCUAGAAGCCCUCCGUGGUGAAACACACAGUGGUACAGAGGGAAAAUGCCUGGUAGCUUUUGGUCCUUGGUUAUUUAGGGUGGACAGAAAUCGUCGCUCACCACCUGGAAGCGUAAAGAAAACAGAAGAUUGAAGGGAUAUUCUGAAUGGUACCUUGUCUUGCAUUCCAACUCUCAUCUCAUCAGGUACAUUGGGUAAGGAGGACAUUGGAAACAGCUAGACAUGCCCGCUUCGACUCCCUCCCCCAAUUCACAAUGUUACAUUCAUUGAUUAAGUGUUUUGUCACUUUAUUUGACUUGUAUGAACUUGAUCUGCUUUUUAGCAGAGGAUUGAGUAACCAGUCUUGGUACCUUUAAGUAUUUUAUUGGGUAUUAAAGGAACAAACAAACAGAAAAAAAAAUGUUAUUUUAAUGUGAUAUUUAGUAGAGAGACCUUUGUUGGAAGGUGAAAAUCUAUCUAUGAAUAUAUGCAAUGUUAUAUCUCACAAACAUUUUAUAUAAAA